AUGGCGCCUGGAACAACAACUCAGGUAGGAAUUUGAAAAAUAUAUCGACUUUUUCGUGGGAUUAAGAGCGAAAUAGUUCAUGAAACGUUAUAAAAAUGUUUUAAUUUUAAUUUUUGCUACUUUAUGUGCUGUCAAUCAAUAGUUUCUCCUUAUGUAUGCUGUGUUUUCACGGUAAAAUUUAGAUAGGCAAAUCGUCGAAUUUUAUUUAUUUAGAAAUCUAGUUUGUUGCUAUGGGCGAAACGAACAAUCAAGGGACCAAGCUUGGCUUUUCAUUUCUUAUUUUGGCUACGAAAACGUCUUACGAACUUUUUUUACAUCGUCUGGUUCUACAGAAAUUGUAUUUUGUCGAAUAUGUACAACUGAUACCGAGUAUGUGUGUGUAUGUAGCCUGAACCUGAGAUAUAAAUUUAACUACAACAUAUAUCUAUAGUCUUUCUUUUUAAUACCGCGGGAAUUGAGUCUUAAACAGUGAUAUACUGAAAAGGGCUCUGUGAAGUGGAUUAUUUUAAUAAUAAAAUAUUUCAUUAAAAUUAGUUAAAGCAGCUUAGUGUUGAAGGAUUCAUUCCUUUUCCAUAAAGAGAAAAUUCUAUCAGUACUUGGUGUUUGUCAUUUACAACCUGCAACAUAACAUUAUGCAGGGCUGCAUAAUGUUUUGGCAUUUGUUGCAAUGUAAUAAUAUAUUGUUGUGUGACUGAAGUAUCUGCAAUAUUUAUCCUGGCUGUCCAUUUAAUAUAUAAUAUCCAUAAAAUGGAAACCUCAAGUUGUGGUGGCAUAUAUAUAUGGAAUACUUUGCACAGUGUGGAGGCGUGUGUGGCCAACUGGUUAACACCUUGAACUCUGGUUCUGGAGGUCCGGGGGUUCAAGCCUGGCCCGUCACAUUUUUUCCUUAGACAAGGAACUUUACUCCACUUUGUCUCUCUUCACCCAGGUGUGUUAAUGGGUACCGGUGACAUACUGCUGGGGGGUAACCCUGGGAUGGACUAUCAUCCUGUCCAGGGGGGAGUAGCAAUACUCCUAGGUGCUUCAUGCUAAUGAAACUGGAAUAAGCUGCAGCCAUUUGGGUCUUUCGUUCAUGUGCGCCUUUAGCUACCUACCUACUUUGCACUGUAAAGAUUAAAGAUGAUGAUGAUGAUAUUGUAUCUCUAUAGGAUGCCAGUCCAGACAAUACAGAAGGACAGCAAAGUAACACAAUCAUCUUUAAUGCCUCCAAAGGAGAACUGUUCACACCUGCAAAUGGAUUUAAAUCACUAGUUCGCAAGUUGAGAUCUAACUGGAAAGUUAUCACGUAAGUAGGAAAUAUCUGUUAUACUGACAAUUUGCCUUAAUUGUUUUAGAAUUUGGAACAAUGUGGGAUUUUAGGGCAUAUUGUGAUGAUAGAUCAUUAAAAUCCCAAUUUUCAACUUGUCUGUAAAAAUGUCUAAUCUACAGGAACAACAACAGCUUUACUAGUUAAGUACCUAAUUUAUCAGAAUAAAGUUUAGGUUAAAAUUUCUGCAGCCUACAUGUAGGUUGAUUCUCAGUUUGCUUUGUCUCCUAACCCUAAUGUAUAAUUAGGGCUAGGAGACAAUAGAAAUUGAGAAUCAACCUUAAUUUUAUUUUGAGCUAUAACAUUCUACACAUUCACGCUUGCGUGUAUUCAGUAAAGCUAUUUGAUGCAGUCAGUGUGGAUACUGCAUUUAGAGACUUUAUCAUUAAAUUUCGAAUACAAUAAUUUUCAUCAAUGUAAUUAAUACAGCCUUGGAUCAGUUAUUUGCAUCUUGUUGAAUAACAAAAGUGCUUUUUGUGUUAUUCUCUGGCUUGGUAUUCUGAAGUUGGUGCUUGAAAUGAAUGUACAUGUAUACAGCAACAUUAUUGCUAUUGAUUAUUGGAUCAGUGUAAGAUUUUCGAAACUGCCCACCUACCCUCCUCCCUAUUAAACUGAUGGUUAACAUUUAGCUUUUCAGUUAAGGGGUAAAAUUUUGGGUUAGGGUAGGGUAAGUGGGAAGUUUACCAGAAUCUCAUUACUUCUUAUUGUUAUGGUGCAAAAAAGUGUGCAAGCAUGAUACAGCACCACAGCCUGUUUUAAACUUUACUGUAUCAUUUAACGGAAAUGAUGAGGGAACAACUAUUUCUUCUGAAUUUCAAAUAUAUUAAGAGCUGUAUAUCUUUUAUAUAUGCUUUUACCUUGAUUCUAGAAACAAAGAUGAAAUAACUGUAGAAAGAAUAGCAACAGCCAAAGUUAUUAUAUUUGGAGGACCGAGACGAAAGUUCACUGCAAAUGAGGUGAAUAAUAUAUUUAAAUAGUUUAUUGUACUCUUGUAUGUGGGUUUUAGUUUAGGGAAACUUGGACAUAAGGGAUUGCAAAGGCAUUAUUUUUUUAAGUUUUGAUUAUGAGACUACACUUGUAGAGCAAGGAAUGCUCCUUUACCCAUUUCUUAAACUGGUCAUAAUCAGGCCUGAUAUUCUAUAGCUUGUGCUAAAUGCUUGGUGGGCCACUCUUUCCUUCCUUGCCUGUAUAUUGUACCCAUUACCAGUACCAUUUUCAAUUUUCCCCACUAACUUUUUUCCAUAAAAUCUAUGCUUAAUUAAAGAGUAAAAUGUAAAUUGAAGAGAUUGCAGCCUAGGUGUGAGAUGUAGAAUGAAGACUUAAGACUUAAUGUAAUCUGAAACAUUUAUUUCAGUUUGAUGCACUCAAGCAAUACAUUGAAAAAGGUGGAAACCUACUGAUUUUGUUAGGAGAAGGAGGAGAGACCAGAUUUGAUACCAACAUCAACUUUCUAUUAGAAGACUAUGGAAUAAUGGUGAACAAUGGUAUGAGAAAUAAUUCAGCCCUACCCCUCAUGCACGUGAUCAAUACUGUCCAUCCCAUUCAACCAUCCAGCGCAGAAAUCUGUUCAGUGUGAAGGAGUUUGUCCAUUAAGUGAUUCACUUCUGGUCCUGGUUGUUCAAGCAGUGUAUAGGGCUAUCCACCUAAUUAAUUUGUUAUCCAAGUUUUAGUAGAGAUUUAUCUGGCAGAUAGUGCAAUCCACCCUUUGAACAACUGGGACCUAAAAACUUAGCAAGUGCUUUUCCAAGCUAGUCAAGCUGUUCUCUGCUCACUGUCUCACCAAAAAGAACCAAAAGUUACCAAAAAGCUGUUUACAUUAUUGGAGCACUGUUCUGCCGUCUAUUCCUCAUGAUGCUAAAAUAAUUAAAGCUUCUCAUGGUCAGGUAUACACAGAAGGCAAAAUCUUGCUUUCUUUCCUCCCCUAACUUGACUUUGGCUUUUCAAUCUUACUCUCUUUUUGUCUUCUACUGGGCUCUCAACCCUCUUACCCCUAGGAAUUUUUCUUAAAAAUUGCGGUUGCCAUUUCGAAUUUUGCUUAAAUUACACCUGGUGGAGAACUAUAACUCAUAGCUUUUCAGUAUACUCAAACAGGGAAAGCAUGUUCUAGCAGUAAUGGUUUGUUUAUAAUGUAUACAAUUUAAGUAUAAGUUAAGAGGAAGUAGUAUACAGCGGUUGAUGCCCUUGGCUCAUCUUCAGGUGGGUCAUUCAGUCAUCUUGUGCUGCUCAUGAAUGACUGUCUUUCUUCCCCCCUCCAUCUCUCCCUUUUCAUUGUUUGUCAGUGUGACAAUGAUAAAAAUAAAAUAAAUAAUAUAAUCUUUUUCACAAACACAGAUUCUGUUGUCAGGACAGUGUAUUACAAGUAUUUCCACCCUAAAGAAGUUUUAAUAUCAAAUGGAGUCCUGAAUAGGUGAGUACUGGUGUAUAUUCAAACGUUUGUAAUAAGGGCAACAAAGGAACACACCCAGAUGUUCACAUUAUAUACAUGUCUUGGUGUGAAUGGUAUGACGUUUGGUAUUUCUGGAAUCAAGUGAACUGUCCAUAAUAGAAAGGUGCAGAGAUGCAAACCACUGGAGAUCUUAACUCUGAAGACUUCCGUUUUGCAGUUGCCCCAUCAAAAACCACUGCAACACCCUCUCCUAUAAUCACAAAUUGACCCAGUCCCCAAAUUAUAACAUGGGGGUGGCUCAAACAUUAGUUCAAAUUUUUACAUGAAUCACCAGGCAUCAAAAUUAUCUGUGACAUACUUGCAAAAUUGCCACAGAAAGUGUACUAUGAUUGACAAAGUAUGGAAUUUUUGGGAAAAAUGGGCUUACAGUAAUUCAAAACUGUCAUUGUAACAAAAAGCUCAAAAUUUACCUUAAUUUACCAUGUAUCUGGAAGAUUUGGUGACCCCUACAGGAAAGAUUUUUGUGUGUCCCAAGACCCGAGACUUCUUUCAAAUAAUCUGAGAGUGUUGGCAUUUAUUUUUAUAAGGUGUCAUAAGGAGGGGUGCAACUAUACUGUCUGGCAAAAAUGGUUACAAUGACAAUCAAAGGUGGCUAUUGUUGAGAGUGCAUUCCAUUUCAUUGUCACUGCUCAGUUUCUAAUGUAAAUUUUUUUGUCUGUUGCGUGUUUAGAGAGAUCAAUCGUGCUGCUGGAAAGUUUGUCCCUGGAUCAACAGAUUUUGACAAAACAGACCUAGGACAGUAAGUAUUGUCGUGUAACAAAAUAAUAGCUUGUUCCCCUUUAGAGAAAUAACUACAACUUUUAGUAGUCGUGAACUGCUACAGACCUUCUUUACUGCUGUUUAGGAUUAUUUUUUUUCCUCUGCUAUGCUUUAAGUACAAGGUAGUGCAAGACUCUUCCCUUAAUUGCUAGUGAAAGGAUUGUGCUUCCAUGUUCACAGGUAGUUUUGAGCAUUUCCAGUGUGAACUUGUUAAAUACCAUUGUCUUUGAUUGUCAUUGUUUGUACUUUUAGGUCUCUUACAUUUGUGUUUCCUUUUGGUGCAACACUGAAUGUGGUCAAACCAGCCAUAUCUGUGCUUUCAUCUGGCAGUGUGUCAUUUCCUCUUAACAGACCAGUCUGCGCCUUUCAUUCGUCAAGGGUAAGUUCUUUUCAGGUUUAUAACCCCUGUAUUUUUGUGUUUUUAACCUUACAAAGGAACAGAUCCUUGAAAACAUACUGUAACCAUUAAUUUUUUCUGGUAGUUUUUAUGGGUGCUGAAUUUAUGAGCUGCUAACAGUUGCUAACAUGUUAGGAAAAUUUUGGAUUAUUAUUAUUAUUUUUUUUCUUGAAAUUUCGGACUCACUGAGGAGAAACAGUAAGUGGUGUUGAAUUAGGCUGUUCAUUUUAGACCAAAACAAAGUAGAGAACAACCUUGUUGUCAAAGCAUCCUUUUUCACUUCCAGUCUUAGAUAGGUUUCACAAUUUAACUUGUAAGUCUUAGAUAGGGUAGCAGAAUGGGGGUUAUUACAGGAGUUGCAAUUUAAACCUCAGCAGAACAACCCACCCAAAUCUAAGUUUUUUCCCCCAGGAUAUUUUUCAGUGGUUCUUUUCCAUGUCUACUUAUUCAUUAAUUUCAAAGGAAUAUUUCUUCUUCUUAGUAUUCAAAAGGAAAAAUGGCUGUCUUGGGGUCUGUGCACAUGUUCAGUGAUCAAUAUCUUGACAAAGAAGAAAAUGCCAAAGUUCAGGUACAGCUGUAGGUUCUGUUUUAAAACUAUUAUCAUGCAAUGUUAACCUACAAUUUUCCUUACUAUUUAAAAAUAUUUUACCCUUUAUCUUGGGCUGGCUCCUGGUCUUAAUGUUAAAAUUUGCAUGUGUUAGUGACACUAACUGCAGAAGAGUUGUGACAGCAGGACUUCCAUCCCUAACAAGUCUAACCAUAGCAGAAUAGCUAAGCGGCCAUAGCGUGGGAUAGCUAAGGCCAGGCAAAGAACAGCUCAUGGCCCUCCUGGAACUUGGGAUUUGGAUUGUGGCCUAUGCAAUCACCUACCUGCAUAAAUCACCAGAAAUCUUUAUUGCUCAAAAUCAACCUUCUCUUUCAACCUCUGCGGUCAGCAUUAAUCAAUCAAUCAAUCAAUCAAUCAAUCAAUUAAUCAAUAGACUUUAUUUUAAGAGAGGAGCAUGUGACAGUUUUGAAACUGAUGCGCUGUAGCUUGUACACAAGCUUUCCUAUUUGGGUGAGCAAAGUGAGCUGCCCAAGACCCCUGCUUUUGUGUCUCCUCUUGCAUGCUUCUCACUUGUCUACUUUUUACGAUAUCCCCCAAAUGGAGAGCUUGCUCACAGGCUAAUGACCCCGUGUCCCUAGUAUGCCUGGAAAGUUAUGUCCAGUAGUCCGGAACUAGUGGAUUUUGCUGUCUAGGCUGGUGAAUUCUGGUUAGGUGUUUUUGGGGGUAUUCAUAACUUACAGAAGAACGGUAAUCAGUCCUGCUCUUCAAUAAUUUGUUUUGGGCUAGUUGAAAUUACUCUCCGGCUAGUUCAUAACUUACUUUCUUUACACCCUGUGGUACCUUGCCUAGGUGAGCAAAGUAUGCAUGAGUGAGGUACACAUCACAGCAGCUGACAGAGCUGGUGGGUGGGAUAGUGUUGAGGCUUUAUCUGAAACAUGACACGUCUAGGAGAGUUGAGGGUAAAGAGUAGCAUUUAUUUAAGAAGGUAUGUACAGUUAAAGCAUCCAAUAACAUGACUGACUGUAUCUUUUUCCUCAAGGAUGUGGUUUUUCAGUGGCUCACAACAAAUGAUAUUCAACUCAACAAUAUUGAUGCAGAGGACCCUGAGGUAUGCAAUGUCUUUCUGCCACAGCCAUGUUGGGGGUCAACACAAUAGAAUUUUUUCUCGAAGAAUUUACAUGAAAAUAGAGUUUAGUUCCCAGAGGAGAGAAAUACUUUUGUUCUUGUUCACCAACAUGGCCGCCAUGACAUCACCUGCAAACCAGCAAUUGCUUUGAACAAGAAGAAAGUUGGUGAUCAUUGAUAAGUCUCAUGAUUUUAGUUUAAUGUCAUCGAAGUUGCACUGUUAACUUUUUUAGUCUUGUUCGGUUUUUUCCUUGGUAAACCCAUUUCGGAGUGUAUUAGGUUUUUAUACCAAUUUUAUUUGAUUUAAUUUAUGCAUGAAUUUCACAAUGAUCAUGGAUGAAUAUCUGAAUGCCCUGAUUAUUCUAUAUACAUUGUGCAGGUAUCAGACUACCAUUACAUUCCAGACACCCCUAAAAUGUCUGACAGGCUGAGAGUUUGCCUUCAAGAAAAUGAUGAGGUAAAAUUCUAGUUGACAACUAUAAUAUGAAAUGCUCAUUUGUAUCGCUUGUGUAAAAGCAAUAGUCUAUUCAAAGUGCUUUAAUUACAAAGAAUUCCUCAAAAAGGGAGUUUCAGUGGUGGGCACUGUUGGUAAAAAUAUCUCCCCAAAACAAAAUUUAAAAAAUUUAGCUGUCAGUUCUCUAGUUGUCAGUCUUGAGUUGACAGGGUUUUUUUACCAACCACCAACAAAACAUGUCCGCUACUUUGCUCACAAAAGUCGGCUAGUUUUUUCCUGAUACGAGAAGCAGCUAUAUAGUUUUGAAAAAGUCGUAAACAAAAUAUAGAUCGUUUUCAGUCAUGUGGUCAGCAGCUUUGCAAAUUGCUUGAAAUGAAAGAAAGUUUUAACAUGUGAAAAGAGUUCAAUUCCAACAAAAUGUUUUUUGUACACAAACAUGGCCGCCGAUUCAUUGUUUUGUACACAAAUAUGGCCAAUGUGAUGUCAUCAUGUGAAAACGAUCUAUACAUAUUGUCAUUUGUUCAUUGCUUGUAGGGGUUUAUUGCGUGGCUGAUAAAUUGAAACUUUAAUGAAAGCUAUCUCUUACUCAGUUUAGUCCCCAGGAUGCCAGAAACACAUCUUAGGGGUUUGAAAUUUCAAAAUUUUGGGGGGUACCACACCACCAGACCUCAAUAAAAAAAAGGGGAAAAAAGGGCCCUUGAUGAUACAGUCGGUUUCUCUAUUCAAUCCUGCUGGCUAUGUCAAUUUUUAUUGAAACCCCUGAGAUGAUCUACAUAUAGGACAGAAUUUACCCCAUAAGGAUUGUUUACCGGGGUAUUUGUAUUUCAUAGUAGACUUAGUCCAUGCUAACCAAUCAAAACAAAAAAAUUAAAACUCUGAGCUUUGUCUCAUCAUACCUCAUCAAAAUUAUGCAUAAUUAUACCUGAUGAUAAUUGCCUUCAUUCACUGUGAAUCAGCAAAAUAAGACAGAUGAAAUGGUGACAGACAACACAAAGAUGGAUUGACACUGUGACAGUGACUAAGACAAGGACAGAGUAAUACUAAAUACUGACAAACACGUACAGGGGGUGUAUGGCUCCCUCCUCAAUAUGCAAGACAACUUGUCUAGAAAUUCAGACUAGGGACAUGAGUAACCCAGUAAGAGGGUGUUAAACAAUUUUUUAUGUAAAUUUUAGAGGUCAUGAAUCGUACAUUUUUUUGGUUUAAAUUUCUAACAAUGUUAAUUAUAUUUUUUAUUGUGACUCUUUAGAGUGUGGGAAGGGACAUCACCAAGAUGUUUGAUGAAGAUCUUUUUAAGUUGGACACAAGUGUUGUUCCUGCUGCCAUCAGGUGAUUAUUACACUAAUAUUGGUGUAUUAAAACUUAUGCAUAGGCUCAAAGGCUUGGGAGAAUAAAUAUUUAUUUAAGAGUUUAAACGUUUUUUCGAUUGCUAACUUAAUUACUUGUUAGAUAAUAAUGAAUAUUAUUUUUCAGAGCAUAUGAGGAUCUUAGGGUCAAACAUGAACCACUUCAGCUGAUUACUCCUCAGUUUGAGACUCCUCUUCCUCCUCUUCAACCUGCUGUAAGUUUAUUGUAGUCAGAGUACAUUCAAAACUUGACUCACGGACUGUUGUGUAUUUUUUAAACACCAGAGGGUUGACAAAAUCGUAACCGCUUGUAACUGUAUAUUGAUUCUCAUCAUUCAGAGACAGUAGCUUCAGCUUGUUGUUGAACCACUUAGCCAGGGUGUGGUUAUAGGCGCUGGUUGCCCUUACGACAGGACACAUACCUAACGUCACCUUGUGGGUUAUGGUAGUCCAUACAGUUGUGCUAAUCUUGAGCUUGAAGGACAAACGGAAUCAACAAUUUCCUUAGGAAAUCUUCUAUUCAUUCAUUUAUUCAUUUAUUUAUUUAAUCGCUUUCAGCAUGGUUACAAUAACAAGAUAAGACAAGGAUAAAAUAUACAUUUGAAAUAGACUACAAGUAGGCCCCCAUUUUUCCUCAGGGAUAGUAGAGCGUGCGAAACGCGGCGCGCUUGAAACUCACCCCACACGAGAAAGGCGAGACGGGGCAGGGAGAGAAAAGCCUUUUCUCGCGUGGGGUGAUUUUCACGCGCUCGCGUUUCGCUCGCUGUACUAUCCCUGAGGAAAAAUGGGGGACUACUCGUAGUCUACAUUUGAAAAAAAAAUACAAGAACGCGUGACCAUGAUGCGGGACAAACAACAGAGCGAGGCUCCAAGAUUUUCAGUAGAUCGACUUCCAGGUGUUAAAGUUAUUGACGUCAUAGUUUGUACGGAAAGCAGCGGAGUAGCGUAAGAGAAGUAAGAGUGCGAGUGGAUUCAGGCAGAGUAUUCAGAUUAUUCUAGUCUGAAUACUAUUAAAGUGAUUAAAUUGAAAGAGUUUUGUGCGAGACUUUGGAAUUAGAGCUGUGGCGAGUGAGACGAGUGCCGUUAGGCUUAACAUAAUCAUCUGUGGGUAAGGAGUAGAGGUCUGUGCGACACUUAAAAUAAAAAAAAUUAGAUCUUUCUGUCACUUUCACUUCAUGCAAGUAUGUUAACGGCAGCAGAUUGAGGCGAGAAAGGCGUCAUGAUGAGAAAUAUCCUCUUGUCAGUACAUGUUCAAGAUGAAUUUUGUAGCCCUGCGUUGAAGACUCUCUAUUCAGUUUUUGUUGUUUGUUGUUGUUGUUAUUUUGUCAAAGUAAUACUUACUUGAACUAUGUUGCGUCUGUUUAUUGUAGGUAUUUCCUCCAACUUUUCGCGAGCUACCCGGUCCAGCGCUUGAUUUGUUUGAUUUGGAUGAAAGCUUUUCAUCAGAAAAGUCGAGAUUGGCGCAAAUCACCAACAAAUGUAAGUGCAUUAAACCACCUUAACCUCCUCUAGUACUAGGGUUAACUGUUAGCAGUAUCGGUGGGAGUACUUCUUAGCUUUCUUUUUGUCUCGAUUGUUCUUUCAGUCUGUAGGGUCAUCUGCGUCCUUGCGUUCGCACUCUAUUAGUCUCCGUCUCCCUCCCUCGUAGGAGUACUUCUUAGCUUUCUUCUUGUCGGGAUUGUUCUUUCAGUCUGUAGAGUCAUCUGCGUCCUUGCGUUCGCACUCUAUUAGGCUCCCUCGCAGCCAUUUUAUCUCUCGUUUAGCACUGUAUAGACCCUCUCCCCCGCCUUUUUCAACUUUUGACACAACCGUUGGCGAAUAUCCGUUGACACUGUUGAAAAGAGCGUCUCAAUUACUUGAGUUGUCACGUUUGAGAGUGGUAAUGACAAAAACGAGCGAAGAUGUUGUUCCGUACAAAGUUUGCAAAUUUUGCAGAUGUUUGAAGCUCACAAGUCAAACGUCUUCAAAGUUUGGUGACUUUACGUAGUAUUGUCGCAUUGUUAGUUUUCAACAUAUCAGGUUACUUAGGAGUACUCCUAUGAUGCCAUUAGUUUUUCAAUAAGGAGGUAAUAGCAGCAUUUCCAGCUGCCCUGUGCUACAAAUCUUUACUGUAUUUAGCACAGGCCGUAUGGGUUCCCUGUUCCUUUUGUGCGACUUUACCUUACUGUACUUUGCAUCGACAUUUCUUCAGGUACUGAAGACGAUCUUGAGUAUUAUGUGCGAGAGUGUGGUGAUAUCCUUGGUGUUUGCAGCAAGCUGCCAUCAGACUGCAGAGAUGCUAAACACAUCUUGGAUUAUAUUUUCCAUCAAGUGGUAGAAUUCAAAAAGUUAAAUCAGGUAAGUAAGAGGUUAAAGUGGUAAACAGUUCCCUUCAAUCAGUAUAAAUGAAUGAAUGAAUGAAGAGUCGUGGAUGAGAAGACAACAGACGUACCCUCUUACAAUACAUAUUAACAUGUGAACAGUAAGCUCGGACGUCAGCGUACAAGGGUGUCUGGCAGCCACUAUCAGUCCAUUUAUGAGCUCUACUGUACCCACCCAACCCAUGAUGUGAAUGAUGUAAUGUGUGAAGGUUGAAGGUUGAAGGUCCCCUACUCUUUUCGAACAAUGGUGUGGGUUCUUUUACGUCCCACAAGAACCAGAUAAGUGUAAGCGCUGUGAGACGGGACCUACGGUUUUUCGUCCUUACCUGAGAAGACUAGAAAGUCUAACCGUUUGCAGAUAUCAUUACAAAGGCAGCCUUUUCUUCUUAGUUGAGUAAUGGUCUGGCCGGAGUUCAAACCCUAGGCCUUCCGCUCAGCAGACCGGCGCUCUCCCAACUGACCCAACCAGGCGGCGGUUUGUAUUGUACCUAUCAACUGUCGGCAGUGAUAUAGUCAUGAGUGAUGACUCAAGCUAUAAAUUAACCUUCUGUACAAGGAAUAUGAUUUGCACACCUGUGAAAAGGUCUGUGAGAUGGGCCCUCUCUGUUCGACCACUCUAAAAGACAAAAAUAUAAUUAGCGUCUAUUUGCUCCUUUGAUAUCGGUAUCAAAGAGAUUCAACUGAACUUUAGAACCCAUCACUCGUUUUUGACAUCCUUUCUAGCUCUCUCUCUUCACGAGUAGUUGUCUACGACGAACACCUAUGCGACCGGCACAAUUUGUCCGUCUUACAGAGAGUCAACUAAAACAGUAAAAAAAGAUAGGGACAAUUUCUAGGUCCCUUUUAGCGAGGUGUCAGUUUUAUAUAGGUUUUCGUUAGGAGAGACUUGCUGACUGUACUUAGCGUAGAAGCAUUGUUCAUAUAGUUAGCCUUUUCCUUACUAAACGUUUAGGUCACGUGGUACAUGCAUCGAUCUCAUUUUAAGUUGUUGCUGUUACUCUUACGUAAUGCCUAUCUUAAAGUAGUGAUUCGUUAUAUCUUAUAUACAUAUAUAUUCUUUUUUGUAGGAACCUACAGAUGAACCGUCAAAUGAGCCUUCAUUCACAGAUGGGACUUAA